CACUCCCACUGAAUAUCCCUCUUCAAAAACACAAAACAUGUUCAAAGAUCUCACCUUUGCUGCUCUCAUUUUGUCUCUCAUUCUCCUCAGGCCGCCGUGCUCUGGGGCACAGACCGGUGGCAUAGUGCAGACAGAGCUAUGGUGCGUGGCAAAGAACAACGCGAAGGACGCCGAGCUACAGGGAGCGUUGGAUUGGGUGUGCGGCCAGGGCAGAGCCAACUGCGGACCCAUCCAACAGGGCGGGCCUUGUUACGACCCCUCAGAUAUCCAGAAAACGGCGUCCUAUGCUUUCAAUGACUAUUUCUUGAAGAACGGCAUGACCGACGACGCUUGCGACUUCUCCAACACAGCUGCCCUCACUUCCUUAGACCCAAGUAAUGGUGAUUGCAAAUUCCCUUCCAGCAAGACGGUGAGCAAUGCAACUAUUUCUGGUGCAGCUGGAAUGAGUCCGGAAAGUGCAGAUUUCAGUGGGUGUGAUGACAUUUUUCACCCGCUGCUCUUGCUCCUAAUCACGGGUCAUUUUGUACUGGUCAUUUUGCAGAUAAUUUGAGCUUACUUAAUGAACAAGAAGCUUUAGGCUCUGUUUAGUAUAGUGUUAACUUUGUUUUGCUAGAUAAUCUUGAGUUCUUUUUUUUUUUUUUUUUAAAUUAGUUGAGUUCCUUAUUUAACACUUUACUAAACUACAAUGGACUAC